GCGUUAGAAUUAUUAGUUGUAGGGGCAUUGCUAUUAUUGGUCUUGGGGGUGUUACUAUCAUUAGUCAUGGAGGUGAUGGUGUUAUUACUCAUGGUGGUAGCAUUAUUAGUCUUGGAGGUGGUGGUGAUAUUGGUUAUAGCAAUCGAAUUUUUGUAUAUAAAUCAUAUGUUAAUCGAACUUCCAAUAUCAAAUACAUAGAACAUCAAAAAUUCGAAAAAAUUAUUGCGGAUGUACAAAUAUUUAUGGCUUGUUAA